UGUGUGUGUGUGUCAGUGCUGAGGGCUUGGAUUUCUCCGCGCUCCCGCUCGGUGGCUCUCUAGAAACGGCGAUCCGGCGCUGCAAAUCCCCCCGGCAAACAUGUCCAAGCUGGAGCAGGUCCUCAUCCUCGAUCCUCCGACUGAUCUCAAAUUUAAAGGUCCGUUCACAGAUGUCGUCACGGCGACCCUGAAGCUGACGAACCCGUCAGACAAGAGAGUGUGUUUCAAAGUGAAGACCACAGCACCACGUCGGUACUGCGUACGGCCCAACAGCGGCGCCAUUGACCCUGGCGCCUCCAUCAGCAUCUCAGUUAUGCUACAGCCCUUUGACUACGAUCCCAAUGAGAAAAGUAAACACAAAUUCAUGGUGCAGACCAUCUUUGCACCGGCCGCCAUCACAGACACCGAGACCAUGUGGAAAGACGCAAAACCCGAUGAGCUCAUGGAUUCCAAACUGAGAUGUGUGUUUGAGCUGCCUUCUGAAAACGAUAAAAUGUCUCAGCUCUUACAGAUUGGCCUAGGAACUCCCAUGCCUGUGCCCCAUGCAGCUGAGCCUGGCACUGAGAGGCCACUACGGCAGCCCCCUCACCUGUUUGCCACACCCACCGCAACCUGGGCCGAGUUCCUCACCCCGAUGAGAGCCCGCCCCCCAUUCCCCCCAACUUCCAGCAGCCUUAGUGGUAGGAGCGAUCUGCAGGGCUUCAGGACUGCGCCCAGUUCAGAGAUCAAGAACAGGAGAGGUCAUGUGAGUGAGGGUCAGACAGGCAGGCAAGCAGCAGGGCCAGGGGUGGCACACGGAUACAGGAACGAUGUGGAUGCUGUGAACAAGGCUGCCCCCGUGUUAGCCUCCUCCAAGGUGGAAGGACCGUCUGCACCCAAACCCGCAAGCGCUGCCCUGGAUGACACGGAGAUGAAGAAGGUUAUUGAAGAGUGCAAGCGACUGCAGACGGAAAUGAUCAAGCUGCAGGAGGAGAACCGGCAGCUUAAGGAUGAUGGAUUGAGACUGAGGAAAGCUCAGCGACCCGAGCAUACGGCCGCCAACUCCAGCUCUCUGAUUGGCCGAGAGGUGGCCACCAGCUCCAUCCCAUCACUCCUGGUCGUCAUAGCAGCCAUCUUCAUUGGAUUCUUCCUCGGCAAGUUCAUCCUGUAGAUGGACGUGUGGAGGGGAGUCUGAUGUGUCUGCCUGCCUAUCAACCGGUUCCAGAGAGAGGGAGGGAAUGAGAGAGGGAAAGAAAGAGGGAGAGCUCACACGGCCUGGAUGAAAGGAGAAUGUCUUUCUGUUGACUUUGCCAUAUCAUUGGUAGCUGGGCCAGCGGCAGAAACACACAUCUGUGCGGCAUCAUAACGUCCUCAGCCUCACAUACGGUUAGUCCAACACGCGAGAGAGAGAGAGAGAGAGAGGGAGAGAGAGAUGGAGGGAGAGAAAGAGAGUACAAAAAGCAGGAGCAGAAGUAAGUCUCUUUCCCCUCUCUGUCUCUUUUUAUUCCCACACCGUUCUUUUCUUUGUGCAAUGGACAGAAGGUAACUCAGCAAAAAGGCUUAAAACACAGCAAUGGUUUGAGAGAGUGUUGAAACCAUCACACAAAGAAAAAAAAAAAAGACACAUCUCAGAGAUCCAAAUUAUAAAUGUGUUAAUAUAAAUAUUUUUGUCCCCCACAUCACCACUACAACCACCACCACACUCCUCGCCUCUCUCUUUCUUGUUUUAUUAAAAGUUCAAUGGAAUGUUAGGUGUCUUGUAAAUGUAAUUUUAAUCCUUUUUAAGAAAAGGAAAAGCAACCUCAAUCAAAACAAAAAAGACCUUGUGACCCUUUUCACCCCCGGCAGCCUCAGAAAGACGGCAGAUAUUUCUACCCUUCGCUGCCUCUCCAUUUCCACGGGAACGUCAACAGUUGGGCUGGGAACAAAGAUGCCUCCUUUUGUACAUUUGUCUUUUUUCCUGUCCCUAACGAUACCAAUGCAGACUUUUAUUACUGUUAUAUCAUAUUAUUAAUAUUAUUGUUCUUUAUUUUCCCUCAAUACAAAGCAUUUAUCCCUACUUGAGGCAAAUGUUGACUGAAGUUCGAGUCUACACCUCUCCUGUCCUGUUCAAUGCUAUUCAACAUUAAAGAAAUAAAUAAAGUGGGAAAAAAAAA